AUGUGUGUUAUUGACUUACAUCUUGUGUUAUUAGGGCAAUGGAGUGGAAGCUUAAAUUGUGAGUGUGGACACCGAGAAGCCACUCCCUCCAAAACAAUUGGGAGAAUUGUUGGUACUAGGUCCCAACAUGAUGCAAGACUUCCUGAUGACGAGGCUGGUGAGGUUCCAAUUGCUUAUGUUGUUCAUUCACCCAAUAAUAGUUCACUAACUGGGGAAGAAAUCCAGAAGUUUAUUGCUAACCAGGUUGCACCAUUCAAAAGAUUGCAAAGGGUGACAUUCAUUAGCAGUGUUCCUAAGACAGCUUCAGGCAAAAUUUUGAGAAAAGAGCUUAUUGCGAAAACACGGUCCAAAAUAUAA